AUGGCAAGCAAAGAAAGUCCGGAGAUUUUUCAAAAUUCUUAUAUCUCCGCUACUAUUUGUACAAACGUUACCUCUGUCACUAUUUCUACAAACGUUACCUCUGUCACUAUUUGUACAAACGUCACCUCUGUCACUAUUUGUACAAAUGUCACCUCUGUUACUAAUAAAAAACAUUUUAAGGUUUUAGAAUUUUCUGUUGAUAAAAAAGAUUGCGAAAUGGAACAUAUGUUUAAGAUGAAGCUCGAUGGAUGUUAUGCAACCGGAAACCGUUGGUCAUAUAUUAGUAAUUUUCAUGAAAGUGAA